UCCAGGGCGUGUCUGAAUCAAACACAGUCCUUUCACUUCCUUUUUUUUGUUUUGUUUUUCUUUUUAAGCUGCAGCAGCUUCAGAAGAUCUCUGAUCUCUGCGGAGGUGGCUGCAGUAGAGAUGAGCUUCCACAGUGAUGCUUCCAACGAGGAUCUGAGUGACGAGCUGGAGACUUUAGGGUGGUACCACUAUGACUUGUCCCGACACGCUGCAGAGGCCCUUCUCCUGUCCAAUGGGACAGAUGGAAGUUACCUCCUGAGGAACAGUAACGAUGGUCCGGGUUGCUUUGCUCUGUCCGUCAGAGCGAAGGACUCGGUGAAGCACUUCCAGGUGACGCGCAGAGACAACGCCUACAUAUUUGGGUUUAAUGAGUUCUCCAGUUUUCAGGACUUCAUCAGUCACUUUGCUAACCAGCCUCUGCUGGGAAGUGACGCAGGAACCCUCAUGGUGCUCAAGUGUCCGUACCCGUGGCGCGUGGAGGAGCCGUCCAUCUACGAGUCGGUGCGGGUUCACACCGCCAUACAGUCGGGCCGGACGCAGAACGACCUGGUGGCUAUUGCACCUGCGCUCGGCACAAAGGAAGGCUACCUGGUGAAACAGGGAGCGUUUGUGAAGAGCUGGAAGCAGAGGUGGUUCACGCUCAACAGAUAUGAACUGAAGUACUUCAAAGACAAAAUGUGUGAGGAGCCCAUCCGGACCCUGGAUCUGAGACUGUGCUCUGCGGUCCAGUUCGACUACUCUCAGGACCGAGUCAACUGCUUCUGUUUGGUGUUUCCUGACAGAACAUUUUAUGCCUGCGCAAAGACGGGAGUGGAGGCAGACGAGUGGAUCAAGAUCCUUCAGUGGAAACUGUCUCAGAUAAGAAAAGGUCGAUGACCGCCGUCCCUCCGGCUCCCUCUCCUCACUGAAAACAUCACGGUGGCUGAGUGAAGGAAGAACAGGAAGAUGUUUCCUAACGUCUGCAGAUGAUCAGUUUUUCUGUGAUUCAUUUGAACAGCAGUGCUCAGCCAUAGCAAUGAGACGAGGAACGUGACGUUUUGUGUUUGGUUGAAGUUAAACAUGCACUGCAAAAACUGUCCAUCU